GGGCACAAACUUCAAAACCUCAAAUGAUCCAUCAUCAUUUAGUUCCAAAAAUUCCCCUUUCUUUCCCAACCCAUUAAAGAGAAGGAAGAGGAAAAACAAAAAGAAAAAAAAGAGCAACCACCAUGGUUAAACCUUGGCAACAAUCAAAAUCACAACCAAGAACCACAAAAACAAGCAAUAAUAAUCUUCUUUGUCCAAAGAUUUUCAUCUAUCUCAUCUCCAUCUCUGCCCUCCUUUUCAUCCUCUUCCACAUCCAAUCCCUCCACCACCACCAUGUCCCUCCACCACCUUCCUCCGCCGCCACCGCCGUGAAGCUCCGCCGCUCCGUGACAUUUCUUCCCCUCAAAGACUUGCGUUACUCGAACAAAGCCCUGGAAGGCCACACCUGGUUCAUGAGCUCCUUGUAUGACAUCCACGAGGAAGGAGAAGUUCAAUUCCAGCAAUUUCCAUCGCCGGCGGUGGGCGGCGACGAGCGGCUGCUUUGCCUGAAGGGGCGUGACACCCACGACGGGUCUUGGAAUUACUAUGGGCUAGCGUGGCCGGAAGCGCUGCCGGAAAACGCAACGGUUAUGAAAGGAGUGAGCUUCGUGUCUUACAAUCAUUACGAUUAUGAAAACAUUUGGCAUGGAUUGUCGGCUCUCAUGCCUUUCGUUGCUUGGCAUCAGAUUCAAGGAAAGUGUGAAGUAGCAGAGAGAUGGAUACUAUACCACUGGGGAGAGCUGAGGUUGAAGAUGGGAAAAUGGGUUACGACAUUAAUGGAAGCCACAUUCGGAAGGCCGCUGCAGAUUGAAGGUUUCGAAGGGAUCGGUGAGGGGCAGCCGGUUUGCUUCGAGAAGGCGGUGGUGAUGAGGCACAACGAGGGCGGAAUGUCGAGGCAGCGCCGAAUGGAGACCUACGACUUCAUGAGGUGCAAGGCCCGGCUGUUCUGCAAUUUCACAUUGCCGGAGCCAUCGUCAGCGGCGGUGGGGAUGACUAUCUUUAUGAGAACGGGGGCUAGGGCGUUCAGAAAUGAGACGGCGGUGGUGGAGAUCUUCGGGGAGGAAUGCGCAAAAGCCGCCGGCUGUCGCCUAACGGUGGCUUAUUCAAAUAAUCUCACCUUUUGUGAACAGGUAACCCAUCCUUUAAUCUAGCU